AUGAGUGGACGAUUGGUAUUAUCCACUCUCCAAUCGGUGCGGGCUACUGGGAACUCUCUGUAUUGCUUAUCGCCCUGGGGUGACUCCUCAAUCAUGAUAUUGCCUUGUAUUCGUGUACGAGAUGUCGUCAUGCAUGCUGUUGUGGCAGCUACAGGAGGCACGGCAGCUGUUGCGACUCCACUGCUUCAUGUUGUGGGAGAUUCAAUUGUACACGCUGGAUUGGAUUGCAUCGCUACUGAAGUUGCAACAAUCGGCACCUACCACAUCGCUGCUCAUGGGAUGAACGAGAUGCUCGCCGAGAAGAUUGGUAAUCAGUUUCCACACCGCUCCCAGAAGCUCGAAACAACGGCAAUCAUGAGCAUCCUCAUUACCCUGAAGCACAAGCAUACCAUGGACGACGCAGCGCUCGGAUUCUAUCGCUCAUCUACCCAUUCUGACACCAAUCUCUUGUCUGAUGUUGCCGAUUAUCUCUCUAUACAAAAGGGCUGGUUCAGUCCUUAUCUAUUUGCUUCCAAAAGACGGCCCGUCAUCCCUCGUGCGAUGCGGCCUGAUGUUGUGUUUUGUCAUGGACCAUUUCUCGAGGGAGAUUAUCGAGUUGCAGAAACCCUUCUAUCGAACUCUGCCUCUGUACUCGAUCUCGCCCCGCCACCGCCUCCGCCAGUCCCACAGCCCAAUAAAUCCUUCCUGAACCUACCACUUCUAGGGAAGAAUUCUCCGAACAGCUCUCGCACUCCUUCCCGCACUCCUUCCCCGGCCCCUGAGGGUGUAGCCCUUCCGCCGCUCGAACUUCCACCACGUCGGUUGCUCGUGUGCCUGGUUGGUAUCAAGCCGCACCGAGCGCUCUGGGCGACGUCUGCCCGCCCAGGAGAAUCCAUCUUCCAUUACUUGCUGCUCGAUGGAGUGCCUGCAAUUGUGCUCCCCGCACUUCCAGGCUGCCCCUUGCUCGCGUGGGAUACCCUGACUCUGACAGACAUGUACAAGAAAGUGGUUGACGGAGCGGUCGUGCCUGAAAAGUGGCAAGGGAUCGUCAGCAUCUUGUUCGAAUAUCUGUGUUUGUGCGUCGACUGGGAUAGGCUCCUUGUUCCCACGACAACUGCAAACGGGAACGCGGAACCGACGAUGGACCUGAAGCAGAGCGCCCUGCGAAGCGCUAUCGAUCUGCUCGUUGAGGGUGCAGUGAGGAGUGUCGAGUAUAAGGACGUGAAGAAGAAUGUGGAUAUAGAUCGGGCGGGUAUUGUCAUGUUCCGUAUGCCAUAG